UCUUCUAAUCGGUAAGCUGACCAAUAACGUUUAGUCCGAAUCGGUUGAUCACUGGUGAAGGAACAAGUAGUGAGUGAGUGAUUAGUCGCACGCGUGCUUAGAAGACGCAUUCUGGUUUCGUCGGCGUUUCGAGGAAGGUACGCGUUGAUACCGGAGCACAAGGUCAACCACCACCGAUCACGACAUCAGCAGCGACAUGGCCGAUGACAAGCAAAAACGAGUAUCGUACUGGUACUUUGGUGGUUUGGCCAGUGCCGGGGCGGCCUGCUGUACCCACCCGCUGGACUUGCUGAAGGUGCAACUGCAGACCCAACAGGAGGGUAAAAUAUCGCUGCUUCAGCUGACGGGCAAGGUCAUCCGGACGCAGGGCGUCCUGGCGUUGUACAACGGACUGUCCGCUUCGCUGCUGAGGCAGCUGACCUACUCGACCACGCGGUUCGGCAUUUACGAGGUGGGCAAACAGGCCAUGGGCAGCGAUACGGGUUUUCUGGGUAAGGCUCUGUUAGCCGGUGCGGCUGGUGCUGCUGGAGGAUUCGUUGGAACCCCGGCCGAUAUGGUCAACGUUCGCAUGCAAAACGAUAUCAAACUGCCAGCGGAGCAGAGAAGAAAUUACAAAAACGCAGUCGACGGGCUCUUCCGUGUAUAUCGGGAAGAGGGAUUCACCCGCCUGUUUUCUGGUGCCUCAACCGCUACCUCGCGUGCCGUGUUCAUGACAAUUGGACAAUUGUGCUUCUAUGAUCUGGUGAAGGAUCUCCUGCUCCAGUCGGGCUACUUCGGGGACAACCUGACGACGCACUUCCUGUCAUCGCUGACGGCCGGUGCCAUUGCCACCACGAUGACACAGCCGCUGGACGUGCUGAAGACCCGGGCGAUGAAUGCCAAGCCGGGCGAGUUUGCCAGCCAGUGGGAACUGAUCCGCUACACUGCCCGCCUUGGGCCGCUGGGCUUCUUCAAGGGAUUCGUGCCGGCCUUCGUCCGACUGGGACCGCACACCAUUCUGACGUUCGUGUUCCUCGAGCAGCUGCGCAUGAACUUUGGCUAUCUGAAGCCGGAGAAGAAGUGAAGGGCUGCGGAGGGUUGCUGUUGAUAUUCUUAGCUGUGUAGGAUCAAAUACUGGAGAAACCGUUGUCGCAAUAGUUGCUCGAUCCGGAAAUUAUUGUUUAAUGGGGUAUUUUGUAACGGGUCCAGGUUUUAGAGAAGGUCUAAAGUUUGGGUAAUUUUGUUUCACACAAAGUUUGGACAGUAGAAGACUCUUGUCCUCUAUGCAUUUCUUUGUUGGCUUUUAUCUCACUGUUUUAGCUUGUUAUUCUAUUUAUAAUUAUUUUUGUGUUAUUUCUAAUCAACAAAGCUUUCACAUUCAACAAACAAACAUUCCAAGUGACAUUUAUUUGUUUAGUAAUGCCUUUAUUUUAUAAAUCUGUUGAAAACAGAAACACUACCAGAUGUAACAGCCGCCUAUAAUAGUCUUUCAACGCUUCGAGAGAAUAUUUUAUUAUGCUUGUCUUGUUAAAAUAUAUUUACCCAAUUGUGAGAUGAUCCCAUUUUUCGAACACUACCUAUCAGGAAACCGUAUCGAGUUGGUGAAAUUAGGCAAUAAAUAUCGAUAAAAUAUAUAACUUAUGAUGGAACAUGUA